GAAGAAUAGAUUGAAAGCUAAAAACGAAUAUGUAAUAAAUCAAUAGUAAAUGAAUAAGAUUAUAUUCGCUUUGUUAGUAUUAAGUGUAGUACAAUCAGUUUUUGUUAAAAGAUCAAGCGAUCCAACAAAGGCAGUUUUUACAUAACUUGAAGCUAUGGAAGAACAUGAAUUAGGUAAAAAACUUUUGGACACAAUCGCCCUUUAAUUAAAUAACAGAGCUCCAUUGUCAGAUAUUGCAAAGAUGCUUUAAUAAUUAAGAGAAAAUCUUAUUUUAAAUUAAUAAGAGGCUGAUUAAAAGCAUGCUUAAGAUGAAGUGGAUUGUGAAACAGAAAUUUACUAAUAUAAUAGAAGAAUUGAUUAUGCAUCUGCAGAAAUUACUGAUUCAACAACAGAGAUUUCUACAUUAACUUCAAAAGUUGAAUAGCUUGCUUAAGAUGUUGAAAAUAAGAAGGUACAACUUGAUAUUUUAAAUGAAUAAGAAACAACUUUGACUGAACAAAGAGCUAAUGAUGCUGAAGAUUUUAUUAAGUUUGAGAAUGAAACUGAAAAUGUGAUUGAUGCUAUAGAAGUUAUUUUCACAAAAUUAUCUUCAAUUUAACCUGAUUAAGAAGUUGUUUAAAUUUUAACAUAAUUAAAUUAAAUUGGUGCAUCAAAUCCAAUAUUGGCAUUAAUGUAAGUGGCAUCAACAUUCUCUAAAGAUUAAUUAAAUAAUGUCUUAAAUAAAUUAAGUGAAGUAAGUUCAUCUUUAGAAUAAAGUCUUCAUGAUGCAAGAUAAUCUGAAAUUUAAGCCUAAUUAGAUUAUGAAAGAUUAAUGGUUGAAAUAGAAAGUCAAAGAGAAUCAUUAUCCUCAGCAAGAGAAGAUUCUGAAAGAUAAUUAAAAGACAAUGAAUAAGCAUUAGAUCUAUAAAAGAAGAGAAAAGAAGAUGCAACUGAUGAAUUAAAUGCAGCCUCUACAGGUAAGGAAUAAAAAGAAGGUGAAUGUGAUGGUUGGAGAACUUAAUAUGCUGUUGAUACUGAACAUAGAUAAUAAGAAAUUUCAAUCAUUAGAUAGAUUGAAGAAAUAUUGGCAACUAAACUAAAAAAUGUAAAAGUGUACUUAUAAGAAAGAUCUUCUGCAUGA